GCUAUAAAAACCCCUUACUGUGAAAGCUUCGUCAGACAGUCCUAAAUCGUGUGUUAGAAAUUGUGUUAACAAAAUGUUGAAGAAAUUUGUUUGCUUCUUUGUGCUGAUUAGUGUAAUCGGACUCAUCAGCGAAUGGCCAAGCGCCCAUGGAAAUGCUGCAUAUUCAAUAGGGUCUCCUGAAUAUUUCUCAGGAAAUUCGUUCGACUCUGAUAACGAUGCAUUCGACGCAGCUGAAGAUUCAUUAGACCCUGCUGGAGAUUCAUUAUACUCUGUUAAAAAUUCUUUACGCUAUGCUAGAAAUUCAUUAAACUCUUUUUCAGAUUCAUUUGAGUCUGAUUCAGAUUCAUUUGAGUCUGAUUCAGAUUCAUUUGAGUCUGAUUCAGAUUCAUUUGCCUCUGAUUCGGAUUAAAUAGAUUCUUCCGAAUCACUCUCUGUUGAUGACAGAUAUGAAAUGAAUUAAAACUUAGAGAAGACAAUUGUAAAUCAAAAUAUUGACUUUGAAUCUAAAUAUAAUAUUCUUACCAGAGUAA